AUGUAUCAAAUAUCAUCGGCUUCAUCUGCGUCUACUGUAGAGUAUAAAUGUCCUGAUAAGGCUCGAGCUCCUGCUUCUGUUCGCAUAAAAACGUAUGUAAAUAUUGUUGCACCAUCGUCAUGUCAAAGCAAUAAAGCUGUAUUAAGUAAUCAUGAUAUCUUAAAGUGUCAUCAGAUAGCUGUCGUGGAAGCCAAAGACAAAAUUAUCCGCGAGCUUAAAGAAAUGAAUCAGUAUCAAGCUAAACAUAUAGAGCGGCUAACUAGCGCAUUCAAAAAGUCCAGCCUUCCAGUAUCAUAUCAAGACGAGUUCACCUAUCAUUCCAAACAAGACUUGGCUAUUUACACAAGCGAUAAAAAAUUUAAUCUGAAGGAUUCAAUGACCAAAAAUGAUACAAACACCAACCUUUGCAGCAAAGAUAACUCGGCCGCAGUAGAAUGUAUUACUAUAAAGCAGAACGCUGCUUGGUUUCAACGGCACAUUAAGAGCUGUCCAUUGAUUAGAUUUUCACAAGAGUCUUUGCCCAAAGCACUGUGUCAAGAUGAAAGUCAAGCUUAUAGCAAUAGUCUAGAAUUUAAUCCAUGGAAAGAACAUGCUAUUGUACUCCAAGAAAAAAUCAUUGAACUUGAAGAAGUUCAUUUUUCUACAUUAACAAAGCUACACGCAGUAGCACAGGGAUUGGAUUCUCACAAACCAGACAAUUUAGAACGUUGUUUAAUUAAAAAGGAAGCUGAAUGUGAGAAACUACGGUCUGUAAUGCGAAAUAUCAUGAGGGUCUCAACACAGGCAUUAUUAAAUCCAUAA